AUGACGCAAGAUACGCCCGAGCACAAUAAUUUGGGUUUAAAAAGUUAUAAUGAUUCAAAGAAAGAACCAAAUUCAAUCACAAGUUAUUUUGGCAAACUUAAAAAUACAUUUUUCAAUCGAAAUAGACCUCAAUCAUCUUCAAAUAUAGAAAAUGAAAUAAAAUCUCAUCAACAAGAGCAAUCAUUCAAUCCAGAUACCGAGAACCAAAACUUAUUCGAUCCACUAUCUAAUCAAUUCACUAAAUCAGAGAAAAGGAAACGACUUUCAAUAGUGGGUCAUAUAACAGAUGAAGCAAUCCCUCGAUCAUUAUCAACAGCGUUUUCAAAUACAAGUUCCAGGAAUAAAUCAUAUCUGUCAGCAUUUAGUAAUAGUAUUAAACUAGAAGAAGAAUUGAAUAACGAUCUUGAACGAAGAAAAUCAAUAAAAGAUGGAUAUUUAAGUCGUAUAUCAGAUAUGGAACUUUCGAAUAGAGAUGAAUCACCAUCAUUAAUUAUCCCACUCAAUUCAAAAGAAUCACAAUUAAGUUUUGAAAAUGAUACAUAUGUUGAAAAAUCAGAUUAUUUUCAAUUAAAUCCUCAAGAAAGAAAUAAACUUGUACAAUUAAAAUUAUUAUCACAACAAUCAUCGGAACCUAGAAGAAAAAAAAUGAAAUAUUCUAAAAGUCCAAAUGAAAGUAUGAGUGAAAUACUUGGGAAUUCAUCAAUGGUAAAUACUUCAACUCAAACUCAUAAUUUAGAUUAUUUAGAUAAAAAAUUAAAUUUUAGAAAAAGAGUUGCAUCAUCUCAAUUAACAAAUCAGAUUAAAAGACAAAAGAAGAAAGGAUUUCAAUUGAAAGAAUUUUUUUAUGAUACAAAAGAAUUUGAAAAUGAUUCAUUAUCUGGUUCUUUAAAAAAUUAUGCAAAUAAAGUAGGGAAACCAAAAUUCAAUCUUAAAAAUGACAUAAAAAAUACAGAACUGGAUACCGAGAAAGGAUUUGGUCCUACACCGAAACGAAAUCAUAUAGCAUUGAAUGAAAAAUUAUCAUUAUCACUAGAUCCAGAUUAUUUGAACAAAACGAAGUCAAUAGCAGAUAUAAUAAAAGUCAAAGAAGAUAUAAUUGUUAAGGAGAACAAAAAACCGGCUAUUCCAUCAUCUGGCUUCAAGUUUGAUAUAAAUCCUGAAAAAAUAAAUAAAAUAAUCAAUAGUCAAUCAGUUGAAUCGGAAGGAAAUGGAACUUUGGACAAGGUCUCUAAUAAACGAAAACACCAAACUGAAAUGGAUGAUGAAUCUACUAAAAGCGACAAUGGAACAGAGCAAUUUGCAUUUUUUGGACAAGCAACUUCAGAACCACCAAAAGCUAUAUCAAAUAAUUCAAAUCCUGCUACUGAUGAUAAAGUAACAAACGCUCCAAAAUUUAAGUUUGGACUCAAGCCUAAUAAAGAAAGUGAGACGACAAAUGCAACAUUUAAUUUUGGUAAAAAACCAGAAGUAGCAAAAACUUUGUCAAAUGAUAAGAGUUUGUUUGGUGAAACUACUCCUAAAUUUCAAUUUGGUAAAGAAGGUACUAAAGCAGAGAAGGAGGACAAAAACGAGGAAUCGGGGAAAGAACAACCUUUUAAUUCUGGUGGAUUAUUUGGAGCGGAUAAUUUAGAUAGGAAGACAAAAUCAAGUUCACCAAUAGCAUCAAAUGCUCAAAAUGAAAGCAAGACAAGCUUGUUUGAUUUUAAGAGUAACACUCAACAACCCACUACCUUUACUUAUUAUAAUAAGUUUACUUUUCCUACUUCAAAUAAAGAAAAUACACAAAAUGAUUCGAGAACUGACAAUGAAUCUAAUACAGCUAAUGUUGACAAAAACACCUUUAGUUUCACACCAAAUGCCAGUAAUGCUACAAAGAGUAAUAGUUUGUUCUCAUUUGAUAAACCAAUAGAAAGUGCAACUCAAUCAACUACCUCAUCAUCCAAUUUAUUUUCCUUCACCAAAGACAAACGAAAAUCAAAUACACCACCUUCAUCAUUUAAUUUCAAUAUUGGUAAGACUGAUGAAAUUUCUACCAACAAUAAUGAAGCUAAUAAACCCCCAUUAUUUGAUUUCGGUAAAAAAUCAGAUGAAACUCAACCAAAAGUAGUCGAACUUGAAAAUAAACAGGAUGAGAAAGAAAAAACUCCCCAAACAGAUGAUUCAACAUCAAAUACAAAUAAACCAGCUUUUUCAUUUUCAAUUAAUGCACCAAAAGCACAAUCUGCUGAUCCUAUCUCAAAAAAUAAUAUUGAAUCUUCAGAUACUGAAAAUGAAACAAAAAAACCAAAAUUUUCAUUCAAUAUACCUAAAUCAAAUGAUGAAAAUAAUAAAUCAAAAACUCCUACUUUCAAUUUCGGAACUAAUAUGUCAAGUAAAGAAACAAGCAGCAAUGGUCCUGAACCAUCAACAAUCUUUGGAUCAACUAAAGCUGAUAAUUCUGCUCAAACAUCAAUUGAAAAAGUAGAUAGUGGUGACAAUACAAAUAGUACUUUCCAAUUUGGUGCUCCAAAAUCAUCAACAACUCAAUCAAAUGGGUUUAAAUUUGCUACAGGAGUUACACCACCACCUACAAAAAACACAUUAUUUGGUAAUCCAUCAACUACUUCAUCAACAAAACCAUUCAGUUUCCAAACUCAGCCAUCAACUUCAACUUCAAAUACUGCAAGCUCAUUCACUUUUGGUCAACAACAACAGCCACCUCCACAACAACAACAACAACAACUGCCAUUUGGUAAUGCAUUUCCAAAUAAUGUCACCAAUAAUAAUAAUACAAAUAGUAAUUCAUCAAGUGUUGAAAAUGCAUUUGGUUCACGUCCAACAACUCCAGCUGGUUUUAAUUUUGGUAAUUCAAAUCCAACAACGUCAAUAAAAAAUCCAUCAAUUCCACAGUUUAAUUUUACAGGAAGUAAAGAGCCAACUCCAGAUCCAGCUUCAAUCUUUGGAUAUCAUGCUCAACAAGUAAGUAGAGAAGCUACACCAUUUGGUGGUAGUAGUAAUACGAAUGGAGGUAAUACUAAUGUUUUUGGUUCAAUUAAUUCAAUAAAUUUUGGUGGUGGUGCAAAUAAUAAUACAUUUGGUGUGAACACAUCUACUUUUGGACAACAAUCACAACAACCUCAAUCAAUUACAACUCCAACUGGUUUUGGAAUGGGUUCUACACCUCCAGCUUUUCUGUUUGGUAAUAAUAAUAAUAUUAACAGUCCAAACCCUGUUACUAAUACAUCUAUGAAUAAUAUAAGUGGUGGAUUGAUUCCAACUCCUCCACAACCAAAUCCAAGAAGAAUGGCACAACCUAGAUCAAGAAGAAGAUAA